AACAAUUCACAACAGCCAGCACCGAUGUUCUAUCGGAGAAACUACCUCUUCAACGUCACAGGAAGAGAACAAGUUAUCGGACAGGUCGGCGCGUAUAGUCCUUGGAACUCGAAACUCUGGUUUUCUGUGGUUGGCACCGAUGAUGUCACGAUUGACAGGCAAUCUGGGACACUUUACGCGGUGACAAACCUGGUCCAAGAUCAGGUCAAACCAUACAUGUUUUAUGCUGUUGUAACUGAUAACCAUUACAAGAGUGCCACUGUUGCCGUGAACCUGAAUGUGACGUCAUCUGGUGUACCACCACCCGACAAACCAAACUUUUGGACAUCGUCCUACACCACCGCAGUUUCUUCCAAUCUGACCGUCAACUCCACAGUUCUCCGAGUGUAUGCAUCUGGCUUAGGCGGUGAACAGGUGGUGUACUCUUUACUAAAUUCCUCGUACUUCAACGUCAACUGGACCAGUGGAUAUGUGUAUCUGACUCGACCCCUGGGAAACACCACCUACCAUAACUUCACAGUGACUGCGGCUUACCAAUCCACCCCUCAAGUCAGAUCCUUCGCCCCGGUUUUCGUCUCUGUCCGCAACACAACAAUCCAAUCGUCUGCCCUAACGCUACAAAAUUCCGGCAUGAUACAAGUGUACAACGAUAUACCCAGAGACGGUCACGUGACCACUAUCCGUGCUGUUGCCAAAGAUCCAUCGCAGCAGAACCUAGUUAAAUAUUACUUGAAUGACUCCAGCUCUCUACGUAUUGACGAAUACACGGGUGACGUUUAUGUUCACAGGUUGCCCUUGUUGCAGAGGACCUCUGUGUACCUUACAGCCACACUUGGAACAGUGAGUGUGGGCACACGUUUGAUCGUAAAUAAAGUUUGCCACCCGAAUGAGCCCAUCGCAUCCUGCUUGAUGGAUCCAUGUAUGUCGCCCAUUCAAGAUCCAGUUUCAAAUUGCCCGGAAAUGCAGGGAGCUGCUUGCUUAGCUAAUUACUGUGGAGGUUGUAACGCUGAGUUUUACAAAAAUGGCCACUUAGUCGUCUGCUCAGUGAAACCCACGCCCAUACCGUCCACCAUACGCCCCAUCUUCACAUCUCCCCAUUACAGGAUUAGGCUCGCGUCUAACCAGACCACUACUGGCUCGAUAGUCGGACAGGUGUAUGCCUCGGUUCCGGUGGGGGAAGUCGUCAUCUACAGCGCCGUCAACACUACAUAUUUUGGAGUGGAUAGACUCACCGGGUCUUUAUAUGUAACAAGACCACUAAAAAACAUGACCAGCCAUACUUUUACUGUGAUGGCGUCAUUCCAAUCAACCCCCAACAACAUGUCUGUGGCAUAUGUUCAUGUGGAAAUCCUCCCUGAUAACAGCCUGACAUUAAGUUUCCCUAAAAGAUGGUACACUGUCAACGUCUUGGCUAACAUUUCCAGAGGUGGUCUCGUGACGAUGAUGACAGCCACCGCUUCCAGUAUGCAGGACCAAGUGAGAUAUGCCAUCCGAGGAUCAGACACUAUAGGAAUCAAUGAAUUCACAGGUGCCGUAUAUAUACUAGCGCUACCACUCUACAACCAGACCUUAUUAGUCAACGUUGUCGCCACUGUAGGGAACCUGUCUACGUCUGCCAUCCUGGAGAUAUCCAAAGUGUGCGCCCUUCAACAACCUAUUGCGAUGUGUGCAGUGGACCCUUGUAAGGCCCUGCCAGAAUGCGCUCUGCGCAGCAACGCUACCUGCGUGGCUAGCUUCUGUGGUGACUGUAGAGCUGAAUAUUUCGCCAAUGGAGAUCGGUUGAGAUGCGAAAGUUCAACAGCGCCUCAAGUCGACGAAACGAUAUAUGAAACUAGAGUCUAUGAAAACCAACCGGUUGGUGUAAAGAUUGCCAGUCUGUAUGAACUGGGUGUGCCCUUUUUGCCCCUCCCUAGCUCAGCACUGGAGUUUACCAUCGAUUCGGGUGGGUUCGGCGUGUUUAAUAUAUCCAGAGCAGGUAGCAUUAUUUUGGCAAGCUCGCCGGAUUAUGAGAAGAAACAGGAUUACCAUUUGGUUGUUCGAGCCAUUUUGUCUGGGUUGACCUCGGUCAGUACCUCGAGAACUCUAAUUACUGUGCACAUCAUUAAUGUGAACGACAACGUUCCUGAGUUCAAGGCUGUCAUGUCUCCUUUCAUUGUGCCAUCCGAUCUCACCGCUGGCGACAUGGUAUUCAGGUUUUGGGCGACAGACGCCGAUCUGCAGGACAAGGUCUCCUAUGAACUUCUGGGUGGCGAAAGCAGCAUUUUUAAUCUGGAUUCACUCAGUGGUGUCGUAACGCUAAAAACAACGAUCCCUGAGGGUCGCUACAGUCUCAAAGUACGGGCCACCGACACUGGACUACCAAGCUCUUCCACAAUUACCUCUGUAGACAUACUUUCAGAGAGUAGAACCUCGGGGUAUCCCAUCUUCCCAUAUCGAGUCGCAGAAUUCCGGAAGGUCGAGUCUUCUCCCGUGAACAGCCUGAUAAAAACAAUCCCUGCUAGCGGGGGGUCAAAGUUCACUUACCAGGAGGUGGUGGGUUUCUGAUGAAUACGGAAUCUUCAGGGUGGAGCAGAACACGGGGAAUAUAUAUACGGAUCGUCUUCUGGAUCGAGAAAGUCAGCCUUUCGCCAGUUUUGUUAUGGAAGCCUUAAACGUGGACACUCAACUCAGAAGCUACCUACAGGUAUUCCUGGAAGUCACAGACGUGAAUGACAACACCCCGUCUUUCCCUUCCGCACUUACUUCGCCAUUGUCCCCCAAGAUGGCCUCCAGGGUCGCUUGGGUCUUUACCACCAUGGCCAACGACGCUGAUCUACAACCAUCGUUGGCAUAUUCCAUUAUCAGUGGCAACACCAACAACACGUUUGAGAUAAUUAACAGUAAUCAAGUAGUACUGGCCAAACCGUUGAAAGAUGUCUCGGAAGCCAGAUUUGAUCUUCGCAUAAUGGCAUCUGAUGGUGUUCUCAGUGCCACAACCGUCCUGGAAGUGGUUGUACAGUAGCUGGUCUAAAGCCUAACUGCCUUUAACCCUGAGGACAAUACCAAACAGGAGAACGAAUACACAACUGUGACCGACCGACCGACCAUCAAGUCACUGUUGCUUUCUAGACGACUUCAUCGGUCUAUUAAAAUAAAUUCCACUGAGCA